AUGAAGAGGAAGUCGCCAGUUCAAUUUCAAGCUCUUGAGAGCUUUUAUUUAGAGCAAAUGUAUCCGACUCCUAAGGAAAUGGGGGACUUGGGAAAGUCUUUAGGGUUAACAGUGAAGGAAGUACGCGGGUGGUUCAAGAGAAGAAGAAGCACAAGGACAGACGGGAAAUCUCUGGGGAAUGAUAGAUCUCGCAUGAGCAGUUCCACAUCUUCCGUAUGCGAUUUUGGAGGAGGUGUCGAGAAAAGAUGUAGUGUGGAAGCAAGGAAGGCUAGUAUUAGUCAAACGUUGUUAACUUCACAGCACAUUUUGGCCAAGAUUUUUCGAAAAGAUGGUCCAGCGCUUGGUUCUGAAUUCGACCAUCUCCCAUCUGGAGCACUUAAAGCUUCUUGGCUGGGUACGUCGUCUGUCAAUCCACAGAACCAGAGAGUGGCAAAAAAGAGAAAGAUUUCUGAGCUGAUGGAUCAGACCAGUCAGGAUUGCGUUGAAAAGAAUGCUACUGUGAGGAAACAUGGUAUGGGCAAAGGUUUGAUGACAGUCUGGAGGGUAAUGAAUCGAAAUAGAAGGGAUGUAUCUCCUUGCACAGAACGUAAUCCCCCACACCAAAAGAAAAAGCAAAGACAAUUAGCAUCUAUACUGAAGCAGAAAUUGUUGCAGAAGAGGACGACGGAAAAGAAGAGGCGUUCUAUACAUAGAGAGGCGGAAUUAAACGAAGAUGAAACUCAAAGGGCAUUUAAAGAGAAAUGUGAGCUUGCCCUGGACGGGGAGGCAUUUAAAGAAACCUGCCAAACAAUGUCAGGACUAGUGGAUGAUGAGGAAUUGGAGAUGCGUGAGGCAGCAAAUCCGUUGGCAUGUUCAUGCCAUCUUUCUGGUACUGGAUCCCAUGGUUGUUUUCUUUGCAAAGAUUUGUUGCCUAAGUUUCCCCCGAAUUCUGUUCAGAUGAGGCUGCCUUUUGGUUUGCAUCCAUGGAAUUCUUCUCCAGAGUCUGUAAAGAAACUGUUUAAGGUUGUCCAUUUCCUUUAUACUUAUUCAGUAAAUUGUGAUAUAUGUCCCUUCACACUGGACGAGUUCACACGGGCAUUUCAUGAUAAGGAUUCCUUGCUCCUUGGUAAAAUUCAUCUUUCCCUGCUAAAGCUGCUUCUGCUUGAUGUUGAAACCGAGCUGCAAAGGGGAUCUUUUUCGAACUUGAGUAUUUCAUGCAAGUUUCUAGCCCUGCUUCAGUCGGUGGAGAGCCAAAUUCAUAUUUUUGAUCUCUGGAAGGAUUCAUUAAAUUCUCUUACAUGGACGGAAAUAUUGCGUCAGAUAUUGGUUGCAGCUGGUUUUGGUUCAGUGAAGUGUGCUGUUCACUCAGAAGAGCUAAGUAAGGAAAGGAGACUCAUGAAAAAGUAUGGCCUUCGUCUUGGAACGUUAAAGGGUGAAUUAUUUAUACUGCUUAAUAAGGAAGGCAAUAAUGGCUUGAAAAUAUCCGAGUUGGCCAAUGCAGCAGAGGUUGCUGUGCUGAAUCUUGCUACUGCAUCAGAAGAACAAGAGCAUUUAAUAAGUUCAACUCUGGCGAGUGAUAUUACAUUAUUCGAAAAGAUAUCUGAAUCAACAUAUCGUGUGCGUGUUAAUUGUUUCUCUGGAAACCCCGACAAGAGCCACUCUGAUUCAGACGAGUCUGGGAGUGUUGAUGAUGAGUGUGAUGAUUGCUCAUUUAGUUCUGGUGACGAGAUCGAGCGUAUUUCAGAAAAUCUUGCACUGCAAAAAGUCAAGUGUAGUAAAAGGAGGAGGCAUAAAAGUAAAAUGCCUGAAGAGAUUGAUGAAAGCCAUCCCGGAGAACCAUGGUUGUUGGGGCUAAUGGAAGGGGAAUAUUCAGAUUUACGCAUUGAAGAGAAGUUGGAUGUUUUUGUGGCUUUGAUUGAUCUUAUUAGUUCUGGUUCCACAAUCAGAAUGGAGGAUCUUCCGAGAGCUGUGGUUGACUUUGCCCCUGCCCCUAGUAUCUACAGUCAUGGUUCUGGUGGAAAAAUUAAGAGAUCAUCCUCUAAUCAGUACGGACAUCCACGCGUAUCAUGGGUCCAUGGAGGAGAGCGUCAAGGAAUGAAAGAUUUAUCUAAAUCGUCUGAUUCUCAUCCAGUUGAUUCCACAUCAGUUUCGGGGGCCUUUGCAAGGCAGGAUGGAGAUAAACCUAAUAGUGGUCAUCCUAUGCAAUCUAUAUACCUUGGUUCUGAUCGUAGGUUCAACCGGUACUGGCUUUUCGUAGGCCCAUGCAAUGCGAACGACCCUGGUCAUAGAUGUGUGUACUUUGAGUCUUCUGAAGAUGGCCACUGGGAAGUUAUCAGCGACAAGGAGGCCUUACGGUCACUUUUGUCAGUUUUGGACGAUAGGGGCAUACGAGAAGCACGUCUAAUUGAGUCUUUGGAGAAACGGGAAAGUUUUCUUUGUGAAGCCAUGUUGAGUAGACAGAUGACACAGUCGGAGACAGAUCGUUUCACAGAUAUAGUCAGAGAGGACAGUUCUUCACCGGUUUCUGAUAUAGACAACAACCUAUGUUCGAAUGAGAUUGCCAAUGAUCGAUUCUCCACGCAACGUGCGGCGAUAGUAUUUGAGAUUGGAAGUAAGCGGGAGAAAAGCCAAUUGUGGUGGACCCUUCUUCAGGAGUUUGAUGAAUGGAUAUGGGCUAAUUUUAAUUUUAAUCUCAGUGCUGUUAAACACAGCCGAAGAUCCUACCUUGAUUCACUUAACAGGUGUAAGAGUUGUCAUGAUUUGUAUUGGAGAGAUGAGAAGCACUGUAAGAUUUGCCAUGCUACGUUUGAGCUUGGCAUAGAUCUUGAAGAAAGAUAUGCGAUUCAUGCGGCAACGUGCAGGGAGAAAGAAGAGAGUGAUGCAUUUCCAGAUCAUAGAGUUCUAUCUUCCCAGUUGCAAUCACUAAAGGCUGCAGUUUAUGCCAUUGAGUCUGCUAUGCCUGAAGAUGCCUUGAUUGGUGCAUGGAGAAAGUCAGCUCAUAGGUUAUGGGCGAAAAGACUACGGCGAAGCUCAACAUUGUCUGAACUUAUACAGGUGAUUGGGGACUUUGUUGGGGCGAUUAGUGAAGUUUGGUUAUGGCACUCUGAUGAUGAAGAGCAUGGUAAUGCUACAAUGGGAGAAAUUAUAAGUUGCUUCCCUUCUUUGCCUCAAACAACUUCUGCGGUUGCUCUCUGGCUGGUGAAAUUGGAUACAUUGAUUGCUCCCUAUAUCGAAAAAGCUCAACCUGAAAGGAAUCAAUUGUGCAGGACCAGAUAUACAAGUAGGCGAGGGUCUAAGCAGUAG